UUGUUCCUUGACACACAUUUAUACUCAGGUACCAUUUAAUAUUACAGGCAGACUGAAACCCUCACAUGGCUAACCAUCUCUCCUUCCUCCUCCUCUUCCUCAUCUUCUACAGAGUCUCAGCAGGGAGGCAUGUGUCUGUGCAGGCAGGAGGCUCCAUCACCAUCCCAUGUAGCUAUGAUCAGUAUUACAUAAACCAUGUGAAAUACUGGUGUAAAGGGUAUGGUUGGACUCGUUGCUCCUCUGUAGUACGCACUGACCAUCCUAAGAGCACUGAUAGGGCCUCAAUCUCUGAUAACAUCACCCAGACAGUCUUCACUGUGAUCAUGACUGAUCUGGAGCCAGAGGACUCUAGUACUUAUAGGUGUGUUGUGGAGAUCAAGGGAGGAUCAGAUAGCAUGCUACAAUGGUUCUACCUAUCUGUCACUCCAGGUACUCCAGAACUCUAUGUGGACCAACAGGAAGUGACUGGAGUAGAAGGAGGGAGUGUCAUUGUUCAUUGUUACUAUAGUAACUCUGGAGAUAUGAAGUGGUGCAGGAUGGGUGGUGAUUGUGUGAUGUGGUAUUCUGGGACUUUCAAUGGAACAUCAGUGACAUUAAAGCGGACUAGUGAAGCCAACAACAGAACAGUCUUAACAAUGACUAUGAGUGGACUGAAGAUGGAGAACACUGACUGGUAUUGGUGUAGAGUGGGAGAACUAGAGAUGCCUGUUCACAUCACUGUCAGUCAACAAACUGCAACACAGAGAACCUCUAAGAUGACCUCAACAACCGAAGAUCCAACCCCUCAACAACCCUCUGCCUCUCCAACUGCUGAGCCUGUUCAGACUGACAACACAAGUCAAGGAGCUGAGGGGAACAUGGAGGAAGUCCACCAGAGGUCUGUGAAAGUCCUACUCAUCUCUCUGGGCAUGUUGGUGGUGGUGACAGCUGGUAUACUAGUAACAUGGAAGAUAUGGAGAAAACAUAAGGACAAUAAGGCCAAGGACCAGACAACUAACAACUCAGUGUCUGCUGACCCUGAUCAGGACAUUACAUACAGCACAGUGACCUACACCAGAAAAACAGUACAGCAGCAGGAUCCAUUUCCUGAAGCUGAUGAUGAUGUCACAUACAGCACUGUCAUCCUCCAGCACAAGGCCCAACUAAAAGGACAGACCAAGUCAGCAGAACCAGAUGAUAAUGUGGUCUACAGCUCACUAGCUCUACAGGUGACCACACAGCAGAGGGCAGCAGCACAAUAGUGACUGACUGAGAAGACUUUGGUUGAGUCCUUUUACUGGAAGGACAGAACAUUCCCCUCUCCUGUGUUACAUCUAUCUCCCUCCAAUAUGAUUCUGUCAUACCUCUUAACCCACCCCAGAAAGACCACUCUAUUCUUUAGUGUAAUAAAAUACUGAAAUUAGUCUGCUGUGUUUGUUCUGAUUAUCAACACAUUUCUGUCAUUAGUUGUUCCAUCCACCUUUCCUCUUGUCUGUUGUUUCUUACAUCAUGAUCUCAUCUAGUUAAAUGUCCUAUGCCUGUAACUAAUCACUAAUCGUGUAUUAAGAUCUUAGUAUAUAUAGUUACUCUCUAUAAUAACUA